UGUGACCAUUGAUAACAAAAUGGCGCCGGAAUCACAGACUCGUUCUUAACCUCGCCGCGUAAGGUCUUUUCAAAGUGUUGAUGGUGGUCGACUACACGUGUUGAAGUUUGAAAUCAGUGAAAAUGGCAGAGAAUGAUACAAUACACAAGGAGAAAAAGAAGAAGCGGAUCAAGCAGGAACCCAUCGAUGACCUGGGAGCUAUCCAAGCGUCAGGAGAAUUUCACAUCAAACCCUCGGAACAGAUUGCUAAGUUAGACACGUCGAAAUGGCCCCUUUUGCUGAAGAAUUUCGAUCGGUUGAACGUGCGUACAAAUCACUACACACCACUUCCGUUUGGCUCGUCUCCACUAAAUCGUGACAUCAAGGAAUACAUCAAGUCGGGCUUCAUCAAUCUAGACAAGCCAUCGAACCCGAGUUCUCACGAGGUCGUCGCAUGGAUUAAGAAGAUCUUGAAGGUGGACAAAACAGGACACUCCGGAACGUUGGAUCCUAAAGUGACAGGAUGUCUUAUUGUUUGCAUCGAUCGCGCCACUAGACUCGUUAAAUCACAACAAAGUGCCGGAAAGGAAUACGUUGCCGUCUUCAAAUUGCACUCCCCAGUAGAUUCAAUCCUCAAAGUCAAUCAAGGUCUCGAAAAAUUACGUGGAGCUCUAUUUCAACGACCCCCAUUGAUAUCCGCCGUAAAACGGCAACUUCGUGUUCGGACGGUUUACGACAGUAAACUCCUGGACUAUGAUGAAGAACGAAACAUGGGCGUUUUUUGGGUUAGUUGCGAAGCUGGCUCAUAUAUUCGUACAAUGUGUGUGCAUUUGGGUCUGGUAUUGGGAGUUGGCGGUCAAAUGUUGGAAUUGCGUCGUGUUCGAUCGGGAAUCCAAUCCGAAAAUGAUGGAAUGGUUACAAUGCAUGAUGUAUUAGAUGCACAGUAUUUAUAUGAAAAUCACAAGGAUGAAACUAUGUUGAGGAGAGUGGUAAAGCCGCUGGAAGGUUUACUAAUCGCUCACAAACGCAUCAUCAUGAAAGACAGUUCGGUCAAUGCUGUAUGCUAUGGAGCGAAAAUUAUGUUGCCAGGUGUCCUACGUUAUGAAGAUGGCAUUGAAGUUGAUCAAGAAAUCGUCAUUGUUACAGCUAAGGGCGAAGCUGUUGCGUUAGCCAUUGCCCUCAUGACAACGGCAACAAUGGCCAGUUGCGAUCAUGGUGUAGUUGCAAAAAUCAAGCGAGUUAUCAUGGAACGUGAUACAUACCCACGCAAAUGGGGUCUAGGUCCAAAAGCAUCAGCCAAGAAGGCGUUGAUUGCAGCUGGCAAAUUAGACAAAUACGGCAGACCGAAUGAAAACACACCGAAAGAAUGGUUGACAGGCUUUGUCGACUACAAUGCAAAGAAAUCGCAUGAUGAUCAGAACGGCCAGGACAUCAGUACACAUAAGCGCAAGUUAAGCAUAGAUAGUGCGGGACCAGACACAACAUUAGAUGCAUCAAUGACUGAUGCCGAUAAGUCUGAAAAGAAAAAGAAGAAGAAACGGAAGAAGGAUGCUGAUGCAGAAGAGGAAGUUGUAGUUUUAGAGACCUCAAUCGCAGAUGCUGAUGGUGAACAGAAAAAAGAAAAGAAAAAGAAGAAGAAGAAAGAUAAAGACAAGGAUAGAGAGGCUGAUGAAUAGAUUUUUUGUAUGCAUUUCCGUCUCAGGUUUUUAUAAAAUGUAACAACCAAGUCUUGCCCCGAAAUCAUAGAGUGAUGUUAGGGGAACCUUAAUUAGUUCUUACACCAAUUGUUUUUCUUUAGUUGUAAGUUGAGCCACUUGAAGAGGAUAUAAAGUUAAUUUUUAUUUGAUGUACAAAUAAUCAGAGGACAAUACCUUCAUAUUGUCUACCAACAGAACGUGGCUGGCAAAGUCGAUUAUUUUAACGUAUUUCUGUUGAUAGUAAGUGCCAGAAUAAUUGCGAAUCAUUCAGUAACCUUGGCAUAACUUUAAUUGAAUAUGUUUAGAUACUUUUUUAAAAUGAGAAUGAGCAACGUUAUUUGUUGUUUUAAAAACAAAAUAUAUAUUUUAAUAAAUGUAAA